AUGCGCUCCAUGGAGAACUUGCGUGGACGAGGACGGCCAAUGCAAGGAAGGUCAUCUCCUCCAAAAUCACCAACCAGUCCACCACAUGGAGGCAGACGAGGCAGUGUGGCAUCAACCAUCCCAUCCCGAAGGCAUACAGUAUCCCAAAGUGAAUUGUUGGCAACCAUCCAGGCUCAGCAACAGCAGCAAGCCGCUUUCCAGUCACUACGGAACUUUAGGUAG